UAGUGUGAUUCGUUUGUGUAGGAUAGAUUUGGGGCUCAGAACUUCGGUGCUCGAGGACCUUCCUAUUUAUAUUAGAGGUUUUGACCUUUGGUAGAGUUUUUGAGUGCGUGCACACAAAAACUCUGUGUUUAAAGAAACAUUAACAGCAGACAUUCAAACAAGUUUGCCAGCCUUAACAAUGGCUGCAUCCCUUCUAUUUAUACGGUCGCGAAUCUCCCUUGUACUUCCUUUCUCGCCGAUGCCCAAUUUUAUAGCAUUCAACUCAACAAUUUCAAAUUUAACUUUCUCCACUGCUUGUGCUUCGCCACCUAAGCGAAUCGGCACUCAUAACGGCACCUUCCACUGCGACGAAGCCCUAGGAUGCUUUAUGAUUGGCCUCACGUCAAAGUUCCACGGAGCCCAAAUCAUUCGAACUAGAAACCUUCAGGUUUUGGAUACGCUUGACGCGGUGCUUGAUGUUGGGGGAGUAUAUGAUCCGAGAACCGAUCGGUUUGAUCAUCAUCAGAAAGGAUUCGAUGAAAUACUUGGUAAUGGAUUUACCACUAAGCUAAGUAGUGCUGGCCUUGUGUAUAAGCAUUAUGGGAUUGAGAUAAUUGCAAAGGCAAUUCAGCUGGAUGAAGGUCAUCCUGACGUUCAUAGCCUGUUUUCAGCUGUUUACAGGAAUUUUGUAGAGGCAGUUGAUGCUAUUGACAAUGGAAUCAAUCAGUAUGAGACAAAUCAGCCUCCCAGAUAUGUGAACAACACAACUCUUUCCUCCAGAAUCUCCAGAUUGAAUUUGAACUGGUAUGAAGCAGAUCAAUCACCUGAGAAAGAAGACCAAGCAUUUCAACAUGCAAUGAAUUUGGCCGGGAGUGAAUUUAUGGAUUGUAUCCACUUUCAUGCAAAAUCAUGGUUGCCAGCAAGAUCGGUUGUAAUGGAAUGUCUUGCAACAAGAAAGAACAUUGAUUCCAGUGGAGAAAUCAUGUUACUGACCAUGUCUUGCCCUUGGAAGCUUCACAUAUUUGAGCUUGAGGUGGAAAUGAAGAUUGAUCCUGUCUUGAAAUACGUUAUUUAUCAGGAUGAGAGGAACAAUAAGUGGAGAGUGCAGGCAGUAGCAGUGUCACCAGAUAAAUUUGAAAGCAGGAAGGCUCUUCCAUCUCAUUGGAGGGGUUUAACAGAUGAUCAUCUUUCUCAAGUGACAGGAAUAUCUGGUUGUGUGUUUGUACAUUCAAGUGGAUUUAUUGGUGGAAACAAGACUUAUGAGGGUGCACUAGCUAUGGCAAGAGCUUCUUUAUUGGCUUAAGCAAAAAAAAAGGUGUUUAUUCUUCUGGAUUUUGAAGUAUAUCACAAGGUUGCGUGGAUUUGUGCUUAAAUGUGAAAUACAAAAAUACGCGAAAGAUAGAAUACGCAAAGACGUAAAAUAGCCGCAUAUUUGGUCGUUUGAAGACAAAACAAAUUAGGGCUAAAAAAUGUCAAGACUUCAAAACCUCAAGGGACUAUUAUGGAAAUUCAAUUAUCUUAAUUGAAUCAGAGAAGCAAAAAGAAACCCACACAUCCUAUGCAAAGAAAAAAACCCAUGUAUCUUUUCCCUACUACAACUUGCACUUCACACCUACAACUUCAAACCAACUCAAAAUUAAGUGCAAUAGAUAUUUUUCUUUUGUAUACA